UGCAAAUGUGCAUUGCGGAGAGUUGCAAUUUGGGAUUAAUUGUGUAGCAUUAGCUGCAGGAAUACAUAAAUGCUAAAGAGAUCUUUCAAGUCAUGAUCUGUGGAUCAUUCAAUACUGGAAGUGCUUAUUCAGAGUUAUGUGGCGGCUGACAAUGGCAACGAUUAACGCAGGAUGGUGGUGGGUGCAAGGGUGUUUUAGAGGCUUCAACACUUGCACCACCCUCUUGUUACCGCUAAGCCAACUUCCCUUUGGUUCACUCAAAGGCGAAUCGGCGUCACCUCAUAGGGCGUUGUCCGACCAGGGAUGUGCAUCAUCUCCACCCUGGACCAAAAUUCAAUGAUUUGUUCCUGUACACCGCAGAUAACAGUUAUGUGGAGUUGCAAUAUGGUUGUUCAGUUCAUGCUCUGCUGCUGUCUACUCAUAAUCGUUCCCUGCUCUGGUGCACAACCUGAUUACAUCUAUCAUAUUUGUCGCAACCGCACAACUGACAGUUUCAAUAGUUUGUUUCAAGUCAACAGAGAAGUCCUCCUAUCUAAAUUGGCAUCGAAUGCAGCAGAAAAUCAAGGGUACUAUAACUACACCGCCAGUGAUCAGAAUUCUCCAAGUAGCGGAUCUAAGUUACAACUUACCAACCCUCAACAUUAUAUGGCUUUUCUCUGUGUCGAGGAGAUCUUUCCACAAGUGAGUGUGAAGAAUGUGUGACUGCAGCUACAAAAGAUAUUAGAACUAGGUGCCCAAAUGAAGAUCUUGGAAUCAUUUGGUAUGGUGAAUGCAUGGCACGCUAUGACACCAAGUUUCUUUUCUCUUCUUUUGAUCAAGAAGAGGAAGGGCUAGCAGUUCUUAUGUACAAUACAAGAAAUGUCACAGACGAGGGUCAGUUUCAGAGAGUGCUACAGUCUACUAUGAAUAAGCUUAAAGCCAGGGUUUCAAAAGGGAUACCCUUAAAUAGUCGGACUAUCAAGAGUUUUGCAUUAGGAUCUACAAACUUAAGUUCUCUAGAAACUCUGUAUGCAUCAGCUCAGUGUGUACCUGACUUAACUGAGGUUGAUUGUAAUCGCUGCCUUAACGUGGCAACUAAUCUUCUGCAGGAUCAUAAUAAUUCAGAGGGUGGGAGUUUUGUUUCAAGUUGUACUGUUCGUUAUGAGUUGUACCCAUUCUACAGAAACAUAGCCGUUGAACCUUCCCCAUAUGAUCUUCCUCCUCCUCCAAAGACGGCUCCAACCUCCAUACGUAGGGCUACUGGGAAUGGAGGAAUCAGGUUGAAAGUGAUUGUCGCUAUUGUGGCUCCCGUUUCUGUUUCCCUGCUUAGUUGCUUGGUGUACUGUAUUGUUUUUCGGAAGGCCAAGACAAGGGGUGCCACACCACAACAAGAGUUCGGCGAUGAUGAAAUUUCGACUAUAGAAAGCUUGCGGUUCGAGUUAGACAAUAUUAAAGCGGCCACCAAUAAUUUCUCUCCUGAUAAUAAGAUAGGUGUGGGAGGAUUUGGUGAUGUCUUUAAGGGUGUUCUCGCUGAUGGGAAAGAAAUAGCGGUGAAGAGGCUCUCCAAAAGCUCUUGUCAAGGUUCCAGAGAAUUUCAAAAUGAGGUUGUUUUAGUGGCGAAGCUUCAACAUAAAAAUCUUGUGAGAGUUUUGGGUUUUUGUCUCCAGGAAGAUGAAAAGAUACUUGUCUAUGAAUACAUUCCUGACAAAAGCCUCGACAACAUCCUAUUUGAUCCUGAGAGGCAAAGGCAACUGGAUUGGGCAACACGUUACAAAAUUAUUGUGGGGAUUGCUAGAGGGUUGGUUUAUCUUCAUGUAGAUUCCAGACUGAGAAUUAUCCAUCGGGAUCUUAAAGCGAGUAACAUUCUGUUAGAUGAAAAUUUGAAUGCAAAAGUAUCUGACUUUGGCAUGGCUAGAAUACUUGGUGGGGAGCAAACUCAGGGAAAUACAAGUAGAAUUGUUGGAACAUUUGGUUACAUGUCUCCGGAGUAUGCAAUGCAUGGACAAUUCUCCUCAAAAUCAGAUGUCUUCAGCUUUGGAGUCUUGGUUCUUGAAAUCAUUAGCGGGAAAAGAAACAGCAGUUUUUAUCAAUCGGACCAGGGAGCUGAGGACCUCCUUAGCUAUCCCUGGAAACAGUGGAAGAACGGCACACCAUUGGAGGUAAUGGAUCCUAGUUUAAUGGAAUCUUAUUCGAGAGCUGAAGUACUAAGGUGUAUCCAAAUUGGGUUAUUAUGUGUUCAAGAAGAUAUGAGUGCCAGGUCCUCAGUAGCUUGGGUGCUGACAAUGCUGACCAGUCACUCUGUUAGCAUUGCCUUACCUAAACGACCUCCAUUCUUUUGUUAUAGUAGAUCGGAAACACAAGCCUUAGGCGAGCUGAUAUCUGAUCACCCCGCAAGCAAUUCAGCGACCUUAUCUGUUGAUGAUUCAUCAAUUACUGGGAUUUAUGCAAGAUAAAAGUAUGAAAAUACAAUGGUAAUAAUUAUACUGAACUAUGUGUACACUGAAUACAACUUUGUUAUUACCACUUGAAAUUAUAUUGUUACAAUAAGAUGUAUUAAACUUUUGUUAUAAUC